AAUAAUAAAAAAGGAAGUGGAUAAUAACCGCCGGGCAGCGGCUGGCCCGGUGGCAAGAAAAGAAUAGUGCAGACGGUUUCCAACUUUUUCUUCUUCACAAAAAAAGCACAAUCAAUCGAUCUUCUUCUCUUUCGUUUCUUCUCCAAAUCCUUAAUCAAUCCAUGUCUUCCUCCAAGAAGAUCACUCUCAAGAGCUCCGAUGGCGACUCUUUCGAAGUCGAUGAGGCCGUUGCCCUCCAAUCUCAGACCAUCCGCCACAUGAUCGAGGACGAUUGCGCCGAUAACGGCAUCCCUCUUCCCAACGUCACCAGCAAUAUCCUCGCUAAAGUCAUCGAGUACUGCCGUAAGCACGUCGAUGCUUCCUCUGCCGAUCCCCGUCUCUCCGAUGACGAUCUCAAGGCCUGGGACCGCGACUUCGUUAAUGUCGACCAAGCCACUCUUUUCGAUCUCAUUCUGGCUGCAAAUUAUCUGAACAUCAAGAGCUUGUUAGACCUUACAUGUCAAACUGUAGCAGACAUGAUCAAGGGAAAGACCCCGGAGGAGAUCCGAAAGACCUUUAACAUCAAGAACGACUUCACACCGGAGGAGGAGGAGGAAGUUCGUAGGGAGAAUCAGUGGGCUUUUGAAUGAUUUUAAGUCACAAAAGAGUGCUUAAGGUUCUUGAUCAAUAAGAUCUGUACAUGGUAGUAGUAUAUAAGCACUUAUUUAUGGUUCUUUUGUGGUAUUCCUAUUCACAUUGCUUGUGAAAUGUUUCUGCUUGAACAACCUAAUCACAAUUGUAUAAACCUUUUUUUUCGCAUAAUCAAGUUUAUGUGAUGAAAGCAUUGGCCUACUAAAUUGUCUCAAA